AUGGUCAAGCAGUCCACGCGCCUGACGCAUCUGCAUGACGCUGCAACAGCGCGACAAGACCGGUACCUGGAGAUUGUGUCUAGACGAGCCCCUCAACCACUUGCAUCGCUCCUGGUAGACAAUUUCUUCUUCUCAACAGCGUUGUACACGCUUAUUCUCUUUGUGAGCUUGUUGAGCGCUGUCUUGUCUAAAGCCAAAGCAACAGAUAUUGGGAAACAAGCGCAGCAAGUCGUGAAUGCUGGCAAGAAGCAGGUCGAGGGCGUUCAGUCUACCUUGAGCAAGGAGAAGGAGAAGCUUGAACGAAAAGUCAAGGAUGCUCAAGCGUCGUGGCAGGAGGAACAGGAAGAGCUCAAGAGACACUUCCAGACACUCAUGACGGAAGCUGAGGACAAGGCACACGCGAUGCAAGGAGCUCUAGACAAGAAGAUCGCUCAACAAGCUCAAGAAUUGAAGCAAGCGCGUGCUGAAAUUGAACAAGCCAAGAAGGAGAAUGCUGGCGAGACUUCUGACAUGGCAGAUACGGAGACACUGCAGCAUGCUCACUCAGAGGUUGCUGCAAAAGAAAAGCAAAUUCAUGCUCUCGAGCUCGUCCAGAAACGUAUGGACCGCGAGUUGGAGCAUGAGAAGGAGAUGCACGAAUCCAGCAAGCUUGCCCUGCACGAUGCAGUGGAGAAGCUCUUGGCUCUCAAGAAAGAACACAAGUAG